GACGCCUCUACACCUUGCCUGUGCUAAUGGAUAUCCAGAUGUUGUUUCUCUCUUAGUAGAGAGAAAAUGUAAUCUAAACCUGCGUGACAAUAACAGCCAAACACCUUUAAUUAAGGCAGUAGAGUGUCAGCAGGAGGAGUGUGCUACUAUCCUGCUCGAACAUGGAGCAGACCCUAAUCUUGUGGAUGCCAACAACAACACUGCGCUUCACUAUGCUGCCUCUGGACGAAACACAGCUAUAGCAGCAAAGCUGCUGAGACAUAAAGCAGCAAUUGAAGCAAAAAACAAGGAAGGCUAUACACCACUUUUGCUUGCA